ACUCUCCUUGUUAACAGCUAGGAAAGUGGGGUUCCUUUGUUAGCGAGUAACGCCUGCUGGAGAUCCACUGUAUCGGCAUCUCAGUCAAAGUCAGUUGCUUGURUCUUGGUUUUGAUGGGCGARCAUUCGCCUAAUCCUAUCCCUGARCGAGCUAUAUAUGGUUUUGUGCUGUAUUUAGGAGCUAAUUUUAGCUUUGUGUUGUAUCUUGCCUGGGCUUUYGUACCAGAAGAAUGGCUGAGGGAUAUCGGCAUAACAUAUCUUCCUCAAAGAUACUGGUUAUUUGCUGGGCCAAUUUAUUUGCUGGUUUUAUUGGUUACAAUAGUUUUUCUGUAUKUAUCUUAUAAUCUUCUCUGUACGCCAUCACUUGACUCUAUUUACACAAUCACAGAUGAGCAUGCCAGAUAUCUUACUAAAGAGCAGUCAGAAGUAGGAGACUCAAUACCACCUCUGGCUGACAUCUCCAUCAGUGAAGUCAACAAGGCACUUUACCAAAGAUGACAAUAGCUUUCCUUUACUAUAUGUUGUGCUUACCAGUGAAAGCUAACAAGAUCCCAAGCUGGAUAGAAGAAACACAGACAAAUUAUCAGUGAAACAAGACAUUUUCUCUUCAACUUUUACAAUAACCAUUAAGGACUAAUGACUCCAAAACAGCAUCUUCUUUGAGCACAGCAUUUUUUCAAAAUGUGCUAAUUAAAGAAGAAGGGCUAUUUUAAUACUUUGUACUAGUCAGCACAGCGCAGUCACAAGGCCUGGUGUCAUUUGGAUAAAAACUAAACAAGAGUUAUUUUCAUAAACUUUCAGAACCCAAGUGUAACAAAAAAAAAAUGUAAUACACCGUGAAACAAAAUAAAAAAAAGCUUACACAAUAGUGGAGGUGUCGACUGAUUGUCUGCRUAAAAGAAUUCUUGAGAAAGUACCUAAAUUAUCUGAUGUUUUGACAUCCUAUACAUGGAAGUCAUUUUGAGAGUAAAAAGUUAAGAUGUAGUAUAAUAACACUGCAUAAUGUACACUAAUAAAGAAUUAUAACCAAUUUACAAAUACUAUUUUAUUGCUUGAAGUCAUAAUUACAUUCUACCAUUAUUGCUUAUCAACUCUGGUGACAAAUCAAAGAGUUUGUGUUUUGGAUCACUGCUAAAAAUGAUCUAGGAAACUGCAAAGUAGGUUAUCGGCAAUAUUUUAUUCAAUAAGUUUAUAGUUAGUUUGACCCAAUUUCCCAGUCCUCAAGUACAU